GGGGUGCGAGGGGCAGACAAACACCCUAAAUGUUCCUGGGAAGACGGGCAAGAGACGAGGGCGACCCCCAAAGCGGAAAAAAAUACUGGAGGAAAAUUUGCUGAGGGAGAAGGCAGAAGAGAACUUGCUAAUCCGCGAGACUCAAAUAAGAAAUGGGUCCCAAGGGCCUGGCCGUGGGACAUGGUGGUUGCUGUGUCAGACGGAAGAGGAGUGGAGGCAGGUCACAGAGAGCUUCAGAGAGAGGACUUCCCUUAGAGAGAGACAGCUCUACAAACUCUUGAGUGAAGACUUCCUGCCGGAGAUCUGCAACAUGAUUGCACAGAAGGAGAAGCGUCUGCAGCGGACAGAGUUUUCUCCCAGGUGGAUGUCUGACCAUCAGCCCAUCAAACCAAUCAAGCAGGAGGUAAACCCAAACGUGCUGAGUUCAAUGGAGAAGCAGAGGCGUAGAGAGGAAGAGGAGGAGCGCCAAAUCCUUAUAGCAGUGCAGAAGAGGGAGCAGGAGCAGCUGCUGAAGGAGGAGAGGAAGAGAGAAAUGGAGGAGAAGGUCAAAGCAGUGGAAGAACGGGCCAGGAGAAGGAAGCUUCGUGAAGAGCGGGCCUGGCUUCUGGCACAGGGGAAGGAGCUCCCUCCUGAGCUUUCCCACUUGGAUCCCAGUUCCCCUACCAGGGAAGAGCGAAGGACCAAGGAUCUCUUCGAACUGGACGAUGAGGUCACAGCCAUGUACAAAGUUCUAGAUGUCGUGAAGGCUCACAAAGACUCUUGGCCCUUCUUGGAACCCGUAGAUGAAUCGUAUGCUCCCAACUACUACCAGAUCAUUAAGGCCCCCAUGGACAUCUCUAGCAUGGAGAAGAAGUUGAAUGGAGGUCAGUACUGCACCAAGGAAGAAUUUGUGGGCGAUAUGAAGACCAUGUUCAGGAACUGUCUUAAGUACAAUGGUGAAGGCAGUGAAUAUACCAAGAUGGCUUACAACUUAGAGAGGUGUUUCCACCGAGCAAUGAUGAAGCACUUCCCUGGGGAAGAUGGAGACACAGAUGAGGAGUUUUGGAUCAGAGAAGAUGGGAGACGAGAGAAGAGGAGCCGACGGACUGGCCGCUCCAGCACAGGCAGCGUUUGGACUCGGUCACGAGACACUGAUGGACCAGGCAAGAGGCAGCAACGCCUGGAAAAUGGAGGAAAACCCCCACCAUAUCGAGCUACUUCCAGGGCUCCUGCUUCUUCCUCCUCUUCCUCUUCCUCCUUCUCCUCGUCCUCCGCAGAGGAUCCAAGUGGCAACCCAAUGCAGCCUCCUCGAGAAGCGAGCUCUUCCAAUGGGCGAGGUUUCCCUCGCUCUCUGCAGUAUGGCGGCAUGCCCAGCCCUGUGCCACAUCCUGGCCAGAUGAGACCAGCCGUGCCGGGAACGUUUGGUCCCCUGCGUGGGUCAGAUCCCACAAAACUUUACGGCUCGCCACGAGUGCCUGAGCCCCAUCCAGGAGACCCAGUCCAGCAGCAUCAGCACUUUGCUAUGCAGCCUGCCAUGGGACUGAGCGAGCAUCGUGGGCACAGGCUGGCCGGCCCGGAGAAGCAGGCAUGUGCUGGACCGACCCAUGUCACUGGCCUUGGCCCCCGGCCAGGCACCUUGCAGCUGGGACGAGUGAGCGGCCCCCCACCCGAUGCCAUCUACCCGCCAGCUCAGUUCCAGCAGGGCUUCCUUCCACCAAGGCACAAUGGGCCCCCGGUGAGGCCACCGGAGGGCUCAGAGGUACCCCCGGGGCACAUGUACCGACCCUACAAGUACCUGAACCGCACACACCCAGCCCUGUGGAACGGCAGCCACGGUCCCCCCAGCCAGGGUGCAGUGGGGCCGGAGGAGAAAGUGCCCAUGGGGCCAGCAUCCUCUCUCCAGCCCCGUGCCCUGGGUCAUGUGGUGGACCCCCGGACCAUGAGGCCACCGCUGCCUCCCAGCCAGUGGACUGAGCAAUCAAAUUUCCUACCUCACGGGAUGCCUCCCUCAGGGUAUAUCAGACCUCCCGGGAAAGACACUGGACAGAGGAUGCCGCAGCCGCCGGCUGCUUUGUUCGGGGGACCGCCUCAGGUUCAAAGAGGGUGCCAAGGUGGAGACUCCAUGAUGGACAGCCCAGAGAUGAUCGCCAUGCAGCAGCUCUCCUCCCGCGUGUGCCCGCCGGGUGUGCCUUACCACCCUCGCCAGCCACCCCCACCGCACCUCCCUGGACCCUUUCCCCAGCUGGCUCACGCAGCCUCUGCCACCGGUGUGCAACCCCCAAAACCUAUCGUGGGGAACGGGAGCUCGCAGGAUCCAACCGGUCAGACCAUGGAGACAGAGAGUAGUCAAGGUAACCCCCUCCGAGCAUCUAUCGAUAAUACUUGA